AUGGAUAUAGCUGUUGCCGUCAGCAAGAACAUGCCAAAAAGAAAACUAGUCGGAGUUAAAGUUUUGCUUAUAGCUUCCGUGAAGCAGCAGCCUUGUGAACUUAGUGAUAAAUCACAGUCCAAAGCCCACGGCAGUGAUGAGGUGAGAUACAGAAAAACCUGGAAAGGAGAUGAGGACAAUGGAGGAGGCAUUGAUUUGAUUUUGAUCACUACUAAACAAAGCGAGCUGACAAAAACCAUUAAUGCCCCUUUCAGCCGCCUCCACAGGAGGUCAACUGCCAAACAAGAGAGGAAAUGGCCCAGCAGUGCUGGGGAAGGAGAUCCUUUCAUGCGCCUUGUAAUUGCGGACCCAGACAACACAGAUGAUGAUUUUUUUCAUGAACUUCCAGAAAGUUUUCCAUCUGAUCCUCCAGAGCCCUUGCCCCACUUCCUCAUUGAACCUGAAGAAGCUUAUAUUGUGAAGAACAAGCCAGUGAAUCUGUACUGCAAAGCGAGCCCUGCCACGCAGAUCUAUUUCAAGUGCAACAGCGAAUGGGUGCAUCAGAAGGACCAUGUGGUCGAUGAGAGAGUAGAUGAAACCUCUGGUUUGAUUGUCCGAGAGGUGAGCAUUGAGAUUUCCCGCCAGCAGGUGGAGGAGCUCUUCGGGCCCGAAGAUUACUGGUGCCAGUGCGUUGCCUGGAGCUCUGCCGGCACUACCAAGAGCCGCAAAGCCUACGUUCGCAUUGCCUAUCUCCGGAAGACUUUCGAGCAAGAGCCCUUGGGGAAAGAAGUAUCCCUGGAGCAAGAAGUCCUGCUCCAGUGCCGUCCCCCCGAAGGCAUCCCAGUAGCCGAGGUGGAGUGGCUGAAGAACGAGGAGGUGAUUGAUCCUGUGGAAGACCGAAAUUUUUAUAUCACCAUUGAUCACAACCUGAUCAUCAAGCAAGCCCGUCUCUCUGACACAGCCAAUUACACCUGUGUCGCCAAAAACAUCGUGGCCAAAAGGAAAAGCACUACAGCGACUGUGAUCGUCUACGUGAAUGGAGGCUGGUCGACCUGGACUGAGUGGUCAGUAUGUAACAGCCGAUGUGGGAGAGGCUUUCAGAAGCGUACGAGGACCUGCACCAAUCCAGCACCGCUCAACGGCGGUGCCUUCUGCGAAGGCCAAAGCGUUCAGAAAAUAGCUUGCACCACUCUAUGUCCAGUGGAUGGGAAAUGGACGUCCUGGAGCAAGUGGUCCACGUGCGGCACGGAGUGCACCCACUGGCGCCGGCGGGAGUGCACGGCCCCGGCACCGAAGAAUGGCGGCAAGGACUGCGAGGGGCUCGUGCUGCAGUCCAAGAACUGCACGGACGGGCUCUGCAUGCAAAGUUUCAUUUAUCCCAUUUCAACUGAACAGAGAACCCAGAAUGAAUAUGGAUUUUCUUCUGCCCCCGACUCGGAUGAUGUUGCUCUCUACGUUGGGAUCGUGAUAGCCGUGAUCGUGUGCCUGGCUAUUUCUGUGAUUGUGGCCCUGUUUGUCUAUCGCAAGAACCACCGUGACUUUGAGUCAGAUAUUAUCGACUCCUCAGCGCUAAAUGGUGGCUUUCAGCCUGUCAACAUCAAGGCCGCGAGACAAGACCUCCUGGCAGUGCCACCAGACCUCACUUCUGCUGCAGCCAUGUACAGGGGUCCUGUUUACGCCUUGCACGAUGUCUCUGAUAAAAUCCCAAUGACCAAUUCUCCAAUCCUGGAUCCACUGCCCAACCUGAAGAUCAAGGUCUAUAAUACCUCUGGUGCCGUCACCCCCCAGGAUGAACUCUCUGACUUCUCCUCCAAGCUGUCCCCGCAGAUUACCCAGUCCCUGCUGGAGAACGAGACCCUGAACAUGAAGAACCAGAGCCUUGCUCGACAAACAGACCCAUCUUGCACUGCGUUUGGGACCUUCAACUCCUUGGGGGGCCACCUAAUAAUUCCCAAUUCAGGAGUAAGCUUGCUGAUCCCAGCAGGGGCCGUUCCCCAAGGGAGAGUCUAUGAAAUGUAUGUGACAGUUCACAGGAAGGAGAACAUGAGGCCGCCCAUAGAAGACAGCCAAACCCUUCUGACCCCAGUGGUGAGCUGCGGGCCACCAGGAGCACUGCUAACCCGGCCAGUCAUCUUAACCAUGCACCACUGCGCCGAGCCGAAUACAGAGGACUGGCAGAUCCAGCUGAAGCACCAAGCAGCCCAGGGGCCGUGGGAGGAUGUGGUGAUAGUCGGAGAGGAAAACUUCACCACUCCGUGCUACAUCCAGCUGGACCCGGAGGCCUGCCAUAUCCUGACAGAAACCCUCAGCACGUAUGCCUUGGUGGGACAGUCCAUCACCAAAGCAGCCGCAAAACGUCUCAAACUGGCCAUCUUUGGACCGCUGUCCUGCUCAUCACUGGAGUACAGCAUCCGGGUCUACUGCCUCGAUGACACACAGGAUGCCCUUAAGGAAGUGCUACAGCUUGAGCGGCAGAUGGGCGGGCAGUUACUGGAAGAACCCAAAGCUUUGCAUUUUAAGGGAAGUACCCACAACCUCCGCUUGUCCAUUCAUGACAUUGCCCACUCUCUCUGGAAGAGCAAAUUGCUGGCAAAGUACCAGGAGAUUCCCUUUUACCACAUCUGGAGUGGGUGUCAGAGGAACCUACACUGCACCUUCACGCUGGAAAGGUUCAGCCUGAAUACUCUGGAGCUGGUGUGCAAACUCUGCGUACGGCAGGUCGAGGGGGAAGGGCAGAUCUUUCAGCUCAACUGCUCAGUGUCAGAGGAACCUGCUGGCAUCGAUUAUCCUCUCAUGGAUUCAGCAAGCACCAUCACCACGAUCGUAGGGCCCAGCGCUUUCAGCAUCCCCCUGCCAAUCCGGCAGAAGCUCUGCAGCAGCCUCGACGCUCCCCAGACCAGGGGCCACGACUGGAGGAUGCUGGCCCACAAGCUGAAACUGGACAGGUAUCUAAAUUAUUUUGCUACAAAAUCAAGUCCCACUGGGGUGAUCCUGGAUCUCUGGGAAGCCCAGAAUUUCCCUGAUGGCAACUUGAGCAUGCUGGCAGCAGUUCUGGAAGAAAUGGGAAGACACGAAACCGUUGUUUCUUUGGCAGCAGAAGGAAAUUACUGAUGCAGCCUUGGCGGGAUCAGGAAGGACAGACACAGGGAGUGGUAAUGCCCUGCUAUUACACAUGAGAAUUGAAGAGAAAACCCAGACCAAUGAGUUACACAAAAGACACUUCAGAGAAGAAAGCAAGCAAACAAAAAAAAACCAGCCCUGACCUUUACACGUGCUCUCCUUGUACAUUAUCACAGGAUCUAAAAGAAAUCAUGCAAAGUUGUACCUUGAAAAUAUAAAUCAACCUAAUGUUCCUCUCGGCUUGGCUGUACACUGCUUGGUACAGGAUUUUACAGUUUCCUAGGAAACGCUUUUUAUUGCUAUCCAGAUAUAUGGAUAAACUUUCUUAACAAUCCCAGUUUCUACGGAUGUUGUUUACAUCAAAUUCUGGACAGGGGUAAGGAGACUGUCCAUGGCUCUUUAUAUUUUUUGUUUAAAGCCAUUCUAGACAAAGCUAUGGACAGUUGGUUGUGGCUAUUUCAGAUUAUUGGUUUCUGGUGAAGUCAGACUUUGGCUACAAUUGUGCACAUCGAGUGUCUCACAAUGAUCCUCCUGUCAUUAUUCUGUUUCCUAGACCUACGUGUAAAAAACCCCAGAGCUGCAGAGGGGUGCAUCUGGAAAGCAGGUACUCUGGGUGCUAAGCAGGAACAAACAUAACGUUCCCGUCCUUGCCCAAGGGAGGCCCCUUGAGCCUGUGUGGAAAAUAGCUGUAGGACAGUGGGAAACAUAGGAUGGGAGUUAAUUUUCCAUUCACAGCCUAACAAACACCCUUUCCACCCCUUGGCGAUAUGGGGAGGCUGGAUAUGCAAUUCAGAGUGGUUAGGGAAAAAAGAAAUCCAGAAAAAAAUAAAAAAGAGAUUUUCCUAUGAUAAUUAUUUACUAAUUAGUAUCUAGUGCAAGGAUUAUAAUGAUUACUAUUGUUAUUAUUAUUACCAUUCUUACUUUAUUUCUAAUUUUGUCAGCAGCAGGAUGAAUCGUUCCCAUUUUGAUAGAACCUGUUGUCCCCUUCCUGAAGGUCUCCUAGGACAUUUCCCACUAUAUUGUCUGUCCUUCCCUUCUCCAGCCAUUGUACACGUCCUCCAAAGUCCUCUGCUAGCCCACAAGGGUUGCUCACACGGUAUUAGAGUUGCUGUGCUUUAUGCCAGCUGCAAAGCUGGUUCAAACUGGUGGAGCUCCCCAGAAAUCACUGGUCCGCACCAGCAAAGGAUCUACCCAGCGUGUCUCCCUGCAGCGAAUUGUGACAUAUUGCGACUCCCCCAGUUUGCUCCAGGAAGCACUCCUACGCCAAGGUGACUGUGAAGGCUGGAGCGCGCCCCAUCCCAUGCUGUGAUCCAGCCUCCCAGUCCAGCUGCACGUAGCCCGUCGUUUGGGAAGCAGAUGUGCAAGCGUAUGGAGGCACUGACGUUGAGCACCCGAUCUGUGCAUCCAAGGUGAGCCUCCAGAGACCUUGCUUUAUUUUUAAGAGAUUUGGGAGCCAGCAGCUCCCAUGAGUUUCAGACGGAGCCAGAGGCACUUACUCCCACUGAAUAACACCUCUUUGCUCAAUGGCUGUGAUAGCCAAGGCUACUGGGCGUAAGAGGAAGGCUCCUUUCUGUCGUUUCUGGGUGAGAGCCACUCGCUGGAUCUCUGUGGCUCUUCCGGAGCUGCAGCCAGGGCAGUUUCUCCCGCAUGCCCAGUGCAGCGCGGUGGAGGCCAAGCCCCGUGCAUUGCAGCUCUGUGCUUUGGCUCUGCCCCGGCUCCCGAUUUGUCACGGUAGCUCUUGCACAGGGCGUUGCAGGUCCCUGUGAGCUGACCAGACACAUUUGUUUCCGUGCCACAUCCCUCUUGGCCUCUGCCAGCAGAUAAAGUGGGAACUUGGCAAACGGAGCUAACUAUUGUUUUUUCAGUUGUCACCACAAACAUAUUUCAUUUUCUGCUCAGUGAAAAGACUGACUCUUUAGUGCAACACGGAGCAUAGUAUUUCCGUAGUUUUAAUUCCAGUUUUGUUUGUCCUUUACUUCAGCUGCAGAGAGCACUGCCUCCCCAGCCCAUUCACGCCGGGAUUUGAGCCCAUGCCUGGUUUUUGCUGUUGUGUACGCACCCACACAUAUGCACACACGCACAAAUGCUUUGCUCACACGUGUAUUCUCCCAUCACAUUCUUCUCAAGACUUGUUUUGUUUUCUUUUGGUUUUUUUUUUCCCCCCCCAAGGCUUUCAAGUCUGCACCUUUAAAGGUAACUUUGAAAAUGUCAUUGGUCAAAAUGAAAGAAAAAUUUCAUCUGACCUUUUUCCCACUUGACAUUUCCAUAGGCUUGGGACGUUUUUUUUUUUUUUUCUAAUUCUCAGCUCCCUAACACCAGGGGUGUUUUCAUUAAGUGCUAGGCGGUGAUCACAAAGCACCCCCUUUCUCAUAAGCAGUAACCCAGCAAUUUACAAAGGAUCAGACCAGGCUUCCUGUCAAAUCCAGAGAGCAGCGUGCACAGGUCUUGACUUUCAGCAUCUGUCUGUAUUUUGGCUCCGUAAUCACCACCUCUGGUGAACGUGGAGGCCUUCUAAUACAGAUCCAGCCAGGGCAUCCUUUUCUUGAACGACCUUCCUAUUUUUUUACCUUAAGCAGUUGAUCCAGAGCUCUUGAAGGACAGGGCUCUGCUUUUCUCCCUCGUGCAGCCUUCAGGUAUAACCAGUUAUACUUUUAGUUCCUACUUCACUGGCUUGGCGCUUUCCCCUUGUGGGCCCAGUCUUUGGUCUCUGAAGUCCAGACUGGUUUGGGCUCUCGGCUGGGGGCUCUCACUAGGUGGGCACCGUGCAGCACCUCGAGCCUGUGUGCCUUCUGCCAGCUCUCUGUGCUCCCCCUUCCCACCCGGAGGCCCCCUUCAAGAAAAAUAGAUGAGUAACUUUCUUAAGACUUUCUGAUUCUGGGACAGAAAACAGAAAGCUUCUGCAGCUCCUGUGUAAAGGGGCUCCCUUGCGAGGAAAAGGCUGGCUCUAAUUUAGCGGAGCAGUGGAUGGCAAUGAGCACCAUUGCCUCUCCCGGCAUAGGCACAGAGUGAGGGGGAGAAAGGACAGCAAGAUGUGCUCAAAAUACCAUUUUAGGGGGAGAACGCUAGCAGCAGACCUUCUCUCGUGAUUGCUUGUACACACUGCCAUCUCGUGGGGCAGAGCACGAACUUAAACACCGAUACCAGGCACUUCGUUUAAGCCUGAGAAAAGUUAUCUUAGCAAAGACUUUUCCAUGAGGUGGCUCUUUAAAAUGACAAAUAAUAUUGGCAGACAGAACUGACUCUUAAGAAGUGUUGUAACAUUUUAUGUCAGGUAAGCAAAUUUGUUUUAAAAAAAUGACUGCAGGCUUCUUAUCCUCCAGUUGUUACUAUUUUUAAAUGCUUAACCUUUUAGUUGUCCACCUUUGGUAAUGCGCUCUGUAGCAGCUUUGCUGCUCAUCACACCAUCUCUUCAUUACAUGUUGAUUGCUAGUGAUAUAAAUAAUAUAU